AUGAAAAAACAGCGAAUAACAUGUGAUACAGAAAUUCCAAUAUCAACAAGUAAUGGCGACAAAUUUAAUAAUUAUUGUAGUCGAACAUAUCGUAAUUAUAGUCUACCACGUAAUGUAGCUAUAACUAAUGAUAAUGAUAAGCAAUAUGAUAAGCCAAAGAAAGGAGUUGAUGAUUUAUCAAUGGAAAUUACUGGUUCAUCGCAGGAAACAACAAUUAAUUGUGUAUACAAUAAUGAAUUAAAUAAUAAAUGUUACUCGAAUAUUCGUAAUUAUGACGUACCGAAGGAUACCAUUAACAGUAAUAUUUUGGAAAGUGGAUCUCAACCGGUACAACCAAUGAAACAACCAUUACUUCAUGGCCAUCAUCAAAAGCAAUCCGAUUCACAAAAAGCAUCAACUAGACCACCACCUCCAACUAUUGUCCUCAGUCCACCGGAUGACGCAUCGCCUGGAAAAGUGAAAGUAAUUUUUGAAUAUGACAAUGAAAAGUAUACGAUACAACCAAAUUUCCUGAUUCGAUAUAAAAGGAUUAUAUUAUCUGUUGCUGUAUCAUUAUUGAUCUUUUCCUUAUUAAUAUUUGUUAUAUUGGUCAUUUAUAUUGCGCAUCGAAAGAGGUUAUAA